AUGCCCUCACAGUCGCUCACAGGACAGCCGAUGGCUGAAGGGAUAGGGCGUGGACGCACCGUCAUUUUCCACUCGUACUUUGUGCCGGUGACUGUCUGCUUGGUGGCCUCCUUCACUUCCACCAGGUCGUAUUCAAUGCAGCCGCCGGUCUGGUUUUUCAGAUCGAUCAGGCUCCUGUUCACAACACUCCUAAAUUCCGGGGCGGCGAUUUCUUCAUCUGUCAGGGAUCUUUUCCCCCCAUGCAUGGGUUGGCAACCGGGACAGUUAAUGGCCUUUGGGCCUGACUUAUAGGGUGCAUCUGGCGUCUGACGUCCAGGCGGCGACUCGGUCGUCUUGUCCCUCGCACCGCAAGCCUGGCUGCCUCUGAAGAGGGCAGAAACUGUCAAGAUAACGAGCAGUAACUGCAUGACAAGUGCCGUUUCUGCUUCGCGCUUUGAACACUUAAACCUGCAGGCAUUGGAAGGCUACUCAUUGGUCCAUCUCUGACCACCAGCUCGGUGCCUGGUCAUUGUCGCAGUUUGUUUACGGAUUAGUGUUUGACAUGAUUUUUGAUCUUUCCGACGGCAAAGGCCACGUGGGGUUUGUUUCUCAACUUUAAACACCGUUGUUUUGUAAUUCUAACAUCCGCCUGUCCUUAUUACCUUGGGUAAUAUACAUAUAUGAAGACAGAAGGCUCGUCGGAAAAAAUCGAGUUGUACUCGUGAAUUUUCGAGCUGGUGACACCAAACCGUCGUCAGACGAAAUAAACAGAGGAGAAAUUGAAAUAGUCAGACCAAAUUGGUUGGCGUGACAGGGCAGCCACUAAUAGAUACGCAACCAAUGUAUGAAAAGGGGGAUGGAGACAUAAUUAGGCUAGGGUCUGUGGUGGGGGAGGGAAGGGGGAACUGUUGCGGCUCCGUCUGUUAGAAGGUAGGGGAGAGGAGGACGAUUCAAUGUGACUUCGGACGGUGGACUUAAUGAUCGUCGAUCCGGCAUGCGGGUAGGAGUCAGUGAUCCAACGUAGAGGUGUUAGGGAUUACGGUUGCGGUUCGCUGCGUCUGGGGUAGGGAGGGGGGUGGCGAAAUAGUCCGAUUAUUCAGGGCCCGGCAUGGAUUAGCGGCUGUUGUUGGGUCGUGGGCGCAAGUCAGUGAGCCGAGUACGUAGACCUUCGUAAUGGGCGUCCAGAUCGACAUGGCGAUUGAUGCUAUUUGUGUUAGAGUGCCAGGCUUCAAGGAAUUCUCGGGCCUGUUUGGUGUCUGCCAUGGCAACGAUUUCAGUUCCUUCCCAAUUGAAGCAUACGUAUAUGCAGAAUGGAAUUACUAACCAAGAUAAGAGAGACCGAAAUGGCAAUUUCUGGCUUAUAAGCCAUCGUCAGCCAGUGGUAUCCAACCCGAAGUGUGAAACACUUGGGACACGAUCCCGCAACUUAUUAAAUAGGAGUCCAACACCCUUAACUACUGAGCCCCAAAGCGCAAAGCAACAGGCACGUUCCGUAACCUGAUCGGUGAGCGCCCACCUCUCCCCCAUCCCCGCAAGCUUGGAAUUCAUCAUGACAAUCGCAGACCUCACAGAAGACGAACGGUUCACAAUCCAAAAUACAACUGUAAACGCCCUAAAGGGUCGAAAUCAGUUUACAAUACUAUCGCAUGAGGAACAGAAAGCGUUAAAAACCCUGAGAACUAACAAAAACACCAUCGUUCUCCCAGCUGACAAAGGCGGCUCAAUUGCGAUUUUUAAUAUAGCGGACUAUAAAACAAAGGUGUUAUCGUUGUUAAAAGAUAGGUCAGCUUAUAAGCCACAUUCCGCGGACCCUACCAAAGCACAAAUUUCAUCUUUUGAUAAAGUGCCGAAACGCCUCAAAGGGAAAAAACAAAUGUCGUGAGACAUAUCUAAGUAUCUGAAACAAACCGAGCCCACCAUCGCUAGGAUCUAUAGACUACCAAAAGUCCACAAAGCUGAAUUGCCUUUGCGACCGAUUGUAUCGUUAAUCGGGACAUCCAUCUACAAGAUUUCCAAGUGGCUAUUCCACCAACCUCAUCCACUCACGAAGAAUUGUGAACCUUCGAUAGUGAACUCAACAGAGUUUCUAAAGAGAUUAAGAGGAAUCACAGUUUCUGCCGACGAGAUAAUGGUCUCCUUCAAUGUCGUCUACCUCUUUACGUCUAUACCACUGGAUUUGACAAAACAAUAAGCAGAGGAUCUCCUGAAAUCCUAUGACACGGAUAUUCCCUCUGAUGUCUUACUCGAACUCAUAGACCCUUCUAUGAAAACUAAUUUUUCGUUCGACCAACAGUAUUACCAACAGCUGAAAGGAGCCCCAAUGGGUUCACCUAUCUCAGUCUUCCUCGCCGAGAUUACUAUGCAAAAACUGGAGGUCACGGCUCUUCCAUCAGGUAACCCCAAGUUGUGGUUGCGAUAUGUGGACGACACAUUUGUGAUCGUUAAAAAGAAUCAACUGGAAACGCUCCACAACACGAUCAACUCAACAAUGCCGGGCAUUAAAUUCACAUCAUACAUGACCUAAUACAAAUUCCUAAAAUGUAUUUUAAUGGAAACUUCAUUAAUAAACCUUUGCCAAACGUUAUUCUAUUUGCGCUGUGAUAUUUGCCUCGGUUUUUUGCAUACACAGGCCUUCUGCACAUCGAAAACGAAAGUUUAUUAGAUCACAACCAUUUUUGGCAUUCUUGCACCCUUUCGCUUUUCUGAAAAGAUGAUAUUUCUAAGCAACCAAACAUUACCUUCAAUGUUUCUUUUACGCCCUCAAUUCUCUUGAAGUUGUUACAUGUUAAUACAGAUAGUGGGUCCAUUGAUUGGUGCCGGUUUGCGAGUGAUUAGUAAUCAUUCGUAAAUUCUGACACCUUUCACCCGGUUAGGUCACCAACUAUGUGUGCGUAUAUGUAUAUUUUUCACAGACGUGAGAGAAAGCUCAUGCCAUAUGGAUGAUUAUUGUUUUAAAUUUUCGAUGUAUCAGUAUAUCAGUAUCAGUUUAUUAAGGGAAAUAUAGGCGAGCGCUUUUGUAUCAGGUACUUGGUUGCAUCGCGUUUCGACAGUAACCGUGUCUCUAGUGAAUACCAGCCCACUCAGGCAUCGGUAUGUGUGUGCGUAAAUUGGUGCGUUCUCCCGUCCUUCUCCCAGGGACGGACCCAGGCGGAGGUUUUGAAUUCCUGCUCAGUUUUGCAAUCUUCAGUCAUGCUAUCACAGACACUCACGGGGCACUGACUGUCUGACGAGAUGGGCCGUGGACGCACCGUCAUCUUCCACUCAUACCUCGUGUCGGCGACCAUCUGUUUGGUGGCCUCCUUCACUUCCACCAGGUCGUAUUUAAAGCAGCCGCCUGACUGGUUUUUCAGAUCGAUCAGACUCUUGUUCACAAGACUCCUAAAUUCCGGGGUGGCCAUUUCUUCAUCUGUCAUGGUUCUCUUCGCCCCAUGCAGUGGUUGGUAA